CACAUACAGACAUUACUUUAUUGUGAAUUACCAUUUUGGAAUAUGUUUCAUAAAGAAGACAGACAAUACGUAUAACUAGACAGACAAUAGAGAUAACGAGACAGACAUUAUUUUCACCACAAAUUACAUACAACUCAUAAUGAAAUGACAAACAACUAAGUAUGAGUUACAGACAACUUCACAACUCAAAACAAUUACAGACAACUAACAAACAAAUGACAAAUAAUUAAAUAUCAAUUACAGACAUUUAUUUUUCAAAUGACAGACAAUUUCAUGACUCUUACAGACACUGCACUUACAAGUUGUUUGUAUGACAGACAACCCUUUAUAUUUCGAAAAUACAUCAAAAAUGAAGAAAACAAAAUCAAGAAAAGAAGAUCUACAGCUCAAGUUAUUCAAAGCUUCUUGGUUUGCCUUCGCCGUUGUCUUCCCUUGAGGUUGCAUCCGAAAUAGCAACCAACGUAGGCCCACCAUCGGCAACCGUUGUAGACCCGUCGUCGGCAACCAGCGUAGAUCCGCCGUCGGCAACGACACCGGUGAAAGUGGAUAUAAGCAAGAGAAGAUUUAAGGUUUGAAGGUGGAAAAAUGGUAAAAAUGGGAAAGAUUUUGAGAUGGAGAAGAAAGGAGAAGGGAGGGGGUGCGUGAAAAGAGGAGAGGGAAGGAGGAAGAGAGGUGGGGUGCAGGAGAGAGGAAGGGGGAAGAAAAGUGGCGGUGGGUUUUUAUAUGGGGUAGGAGUAGGUUUGGGAUACAGCAAAAUUGAAAAAUAGAAUAAGUUAAAAUUGAAGAUCAAACCUCUUCACCUGCCUGACCAUUUUCUCCUUAAAUCGCUCAUUUGAAGAGGGCUGGCAAGCAGAGAAAGGAACUACAUCAGAAUCAUCAGAUGAACUCGUACUUUCCGCUCUAGUUCCAAAUAUUUUCUAGAGUGAUCAAAAUGACUGUUACAGCUGGAAUUGGCUACGCACUGUUGGCGCUGGGGCCUUCUCUUUCGUUAUUCGUCGCAGUUAUCUCUCAAAAGCCAUUUCUUAUACUAACACUUCUCUCAAGUACUUUAGUGUGGUUGACAAGCCUGAUUGUAUUGUCUGCGGUAUGGAGAGCAUUCCUACCUACGGAAAAGACAGUAUGGUGGCUUUAUCUACUCAUUCUCUCAAGUUCAGUGGCAUUUCAAGAAGCUCUCCGCCCUUUACUGUGGAGACUCUACAAGAGGCUUGAAGAUGUAUUAGAUGCCUUUGCUGAUAAAGUAUCCAAACCACGCCUCUUUACCACUGAUAAGAUGCAGAUUGCUCUCGCUGGUGGUAUGGGUCAUGGCGUGGCACAUGCUAUAUUCUUCUGUCUAAGCCUAUUGACUCCUGCAUUUGGGCCAGGGACAUAUUAUGUCAAACAAUGCUCACAGAUGUCGUUUUUCUUAGUUUCUUCAAUAAUUGCUCUUGCCUUUGCUACCAUCCAUACCUUCUCAAUGGUCAUAGCAUUCAAUGGAUAUGCAGAAGGAAAUAAACCGGACCAGAUUUUUGUCCCCGUAGUUCAUCUAUUUGCUGCAAUGUUUACGCUCAUAAAUCUUGCUCAAGGGGGUUGUGUUGUUGGUAUUCCUUUGUUGUAUUUCACGGCAAUGCUAACUUUGGGGUAUUGCGGAAAGAUGGUGUUCAAGAGGCUUUCUGAAAACAGGAGCAGGCAAGCAAAUUCAUUAUAACUGCAGGCCCUUUGUUUCCUGGAUUGAGGGAAGAGAUUUUGCUUUAGAUGAUAGCUUUUGUGGGUAAAAUAUUCUCUGAGAAAAUAUCCAACAAAGAAAGAUAAAACUCUCUUAUGUAAAGCCAGAUCCUGCAUCCCUACCAGGCCAGGACGUCAAGUCCUCAAUGGCUAAAUGGCCUUUGACAAGAAAAAGCCAAAAAAUGAAAGCCACUUUGAGUAGUUUUUUACAGCUUUUCUAUUUUAUAUAUUAAGAGCCUAAUAUACCCUUUAAUUUUACCUCAUACAUUAAUUAUUUAAUAA